UAUAACUGUAUUGGGCAGAGGAGUUUGAGAAGGAAAAAAAAGAAGCCAAUGCUCCCGACGAAGAAAAAAAGCCAACGCUCCCGUUUCUCUACUCUCUCUCUGACGCUCCCAACAAAGAAAAUCUCAUGCAACUGAGUCCAAUUGAAAGCGCUGUCGCAGAAACCUUUCUUCGUAGCUUCUCCUUGUCCGCCACCACUUCUCCUUGAUUCACCGGUGCUUCUCCUCCCUCGAUCCACCGAAAUACUCACUGCAUCCAGCGAUAUCCUAAACACACUUCAUCUUCCUAUUAAUAAGUAUCUUAAAGACUGUAACUCGUUUUCAAACUGGUUACCUGAAGAACACACAACUUUAUCAUCAUCUCUUUAAGGAUCGGGUUUAAUUCCUUUUCACGAAACGACAUCGUUGAGCUUCCCAUCUAUCAAACGAGGCAGAACCGGCCGGUUUAUCGAUCCGAUUGAGAGAUUGGUUUGAUAGAAGAAGACCUUUUACCCUCCUCUUUCACUCUGCAACUCCGUCGUAUCCUACGCCGUGAGCAACCCGAUUUUCAGAUAGUGAAGCUUGAGGGAAGCAAGUAUCCAAAAGAGAGUUCUUUUUUUAGGUUUGUGUAUCCUUGUCUUCUCGAGAGGAUGGAAGAUAAGGGAAAGGGUGUGGUGGGAGAAGAUGAGGAAAAGUCAUUUUCUGUGUUAGAAGGGGGUCCAAGCAAUGUGGAAGUAGACGGUGGUGAUGGUAGUGGUGAUAACUAUGAUGAUGAUGAAGACGAAAACAGUGAUGAAGGAGGCCAGGUACAUGAUGAUGAUGAUGAUGAUGAUGAUGAGGGAGAGGGAGAUGAGUCAGAAGAAGAAGAAGAAGAAGAAGGGGAUGACUCUGAAGCUGGAAGUGGAAUUCCUACCACAUUGGAACGUCUUGAAUAUGGAGCUCUGGCUGAGAAGAAACGCAAAGCACUUGCUGAUUCUCGACGUGAUGGCUCAGAGAAGAGAGGCAAGUUUGAUGACAUUAACAUCUCGGGCGAGAAGGAAUACAUGGAACUCAUCUAUUCUGGCCGCCGACGAAAGAAAAGGAAGAAUAAAAAAAGGGGUAGAAGAAAGGGGUCAAAUAAAGAAGUUUCACCUGAAAUUCGUAAGAAGUUGAGUGAGGCUUAUCUUCUUUACGCGGGUGAUAAAGACAGUGAGGCUUUACCUAUUUUAGUAGAGAUUAUUAAGGAAGCACCAACCUUCGAUAACGCGUAUCAUUGCCUAUCUCUUGUAUCUGAGAAACUUGGUAAGACCGACUCAUCGUCUACUGAAGCAUUGAAGAUUGCUGCAAAUUUAAAAGGUCCAAAAUCACCUUUUUGGAUCUUGAUUUACGAGAGGGCCAUGGAACAAGGGGACAUGAAGUUUGCAAGGAUUUAUGCGUCCAAAGCAAUACAAGCAGAUCCAGAGAACGAAUCUUUGAGAUAUGAAUAUGCAGACCUCUGCGUACGUGCUGGAAGAUAUAAAGAAGCUGCCGAAACCUAUGAGCAAAUAUUUCGUCGGUGGCCUAAUAAGAGAAUUGAGCCACUCAAGUGGGGGACAGAGUAUUUUCUAAAAUCCGGCGAGGGUGAACGAGCAGCAAACAACUUAGAGGACCAUAUAAAAUCUCAUCCAUCUGAAGUGGGAGCCGAUAUAUUGGAUCUACUGGCUGAUGUUUUGAUGCAAAUUAAUGCCUAUGAUAGAGCUCUUAAGUAUAUUCAUGAUGUGCGCCAAAUUUACAAUCCAGGAAAGGAACUGCCUUCCAGCUUAAAAAUCAGACAAGCCAUCUGUCAUGUUCGCCUCAAAGAAAUGGAGCAAGCAGAGAUUGUUUUAAGUAUUCUACCACGGGAGGCUGUAUCUGAACGGCCAGAUCUCGUCAUCUAUUUGGCUGAUGAGCUAACAAACACUGGGAAUUUUCACUCUGCUCUCAAAUACUAUUUGUUAGCAGUCAAUGACACUGUGAAUAAUGGGGAUUGGUUUGUGAAAGUUGCUCGCUGUUAUAUGUCGUUGGCAAACCGAGAACAGGCUAUCAAUUUCUAUUAUAAAGCUUUGAAUGAACUCAGUGAUACAAUUGAUGCUCGCAUAACUCUGGCUUCACUUCUCCUAGAAGAUGGCAAACGAGAUGAAGCUAUAUCAGUGCUCUCUCCUCCGGAAAAUCCAGAUCUUGAUACUACUAAACAGAAGGCAUGGUGGAAGAAGAAAAAGAUCAGGAUGCAUCUUUGUCAGAUCUAUUAUUCAGAGGGGAUGCUUGAGGAAUAUGCCAAUACAGCAUUGCAGUUGGUUCUUAAGUGGGUUUGGCGGCGGACGGUCAAGGGAAAAAGAAAACGAUCGGGUCUUUCGGAGCUUCAAAGAAAUAAAAGACGCCGACGUCCUAGAGAUGCUUUUGCUUCAGAGUUGAGAGGCGGACCCAAAAAGUGGCGCAAAGACAGGGCAACAUUAAAUGAAACAAAAAGAAUCAGAGAUCGGGCUGCUGUCAAAGCUCAUAACGAAGAUAUCUGCUCUGAAUCUGAGGAAGAAGCUAUGAAGGACGAAGAGUAUCACCGUCUCUUUGUUGAUUUGUGCAAGGCAUUUGCAUCGCUGCAAAGGUAUUGGGAAGCUCUGGAGAUAGUUAACCUGGCUCGUAGAUUGGAUGCCAAAAUGCUACCUGUUGAGAAGAAAAAAGAGCUUCAGUCACUUGGAGCUAAAAUAUCAUGUGAUACUCUGGAUCCAAAGCUGUGGUCCGACUGUGUAAGAUCUGUCAUUCAGGAACAUCCACGUUGUUUGAAUGCCUGGAACUGCUAUUACAAAGUCAUUUCAAGACAAGGGAAAAGGGCAUCGAGUGACGCUAAGUUCAUGCAUCACUUAAGAAGCAAGUACAGAGAUUGCGUACCGCCUAUUCUGAUCGCUGGUCAUCAUUUCACCGUGACAAGCCGGCAUCAAGAUGCUGCAAGAGAAUACCUUGAAGCAUAUAAACUAAUGCCAGAGAGCCCUUUGAUUAACCUCUGCGUAGGAGCUGCUUUAAUCAACUUAGCACUCGGUUUCCGACUCAAGAACCGGCAUGAGUGUCUUGCUCAAGGCUUUGCGUUUCUAUACAACAAUAUAAGAAUCUGCGGUAACAGUCAAGAGGCGUUGUAUAACGUUGCUCGGGCGUAUCAUCACGUAGGGCUUGUGACUCUUGCGGCCUCUUACUACGAGAAGGUUUUAGCGAUCUACGAGAAAGAGUAUCCAAUGCCGAAACUCCCGAACGAAGAACCUAAUGUUGCGGAAGAGCGUAAACCUGUUAACUGUGACCUACGCAAAGAGGCUGCUCACAAUCUGCAUUUGUUAUAUAAGCACAGUGGAGCGUUUGAUCUCGCGAGGCAGGUCUUAAAGGAUCACUGCACUUUCUGAGUCUCGUUAUUAUCUUGUAAACUCUGCAACCAACUAUUAUUAUUGUCUUAAGGUUGAUUUAUGGUUUAAUUUCUGAGUUUCCUUGGACUGUAAAAAUAUAUAGUUGCUACUUGCAAAGAUUAUUAUUUGAAGGAUUA